AUGUCGCUACUAAUCACUUUAGAAGGAAUAGACGGAAGUGGUAAAACUACCCUGAUUAAUAACCUAAAAAAAAGUGGUAAAUUAGAUCUAGUAACUUAUAAUUGGCGAGACACUGAUGAGAAGGAAAUAUUAGAAGAAGUGCAAACUGUAAUUGAAAAACUUUUGCCUAAGAAGUUGGAAAUAAAUAAUUUACCUAGCGGCAAAAUAGAACCAGAUGAAACCCCCUUAGAAGCUGCUAAAAGAGAAGUCUUUGAAGAAACUAAUUUAGUAGUGGGAGAUUUGGAAAAAAUAACUGAAAAAACUGUUUUUUUUGCUAACUUACCUAAAGAAAUUCAGCACUGGGAAGAAGAGAUGUAUAGUUCAUUUUUGCGUUGGAAAUUAAAUGAAAAAUAUCUAAAGAGUAAUUUCUCUCAAACUCAAAAAGCGAAAUUUGUGGUCGGAAACUAUGAAAAUGACGCCAUAGUAGUUGGAGCAAAAGCCUCACAGAUUUUUAAUCGCUCAUUAACGGCAUUAAUUCUUUUCCGUUUAGCCUAUCGGUAUCGAAAGCAAAGAUUAAAUUUUAUCCAAAAAGAAAAUAAACGUUUUGAAGAGAUAAAGAAUAAUAUAGAAUACAUUAAGAUUAAGGGAGCAGAAAAAAAGGAGAUUAAAAAAAGCAGGCAAUUUUUAAAAAAUAAUUGGAGAAAUAUUCUUAGUCUGUCUUUCACUAAGUCACUUUACGCUUCCAUUACUAAUUAUGUGCUGUUGGAAUUUCUUCCAAUUUUUUUUCUGAUAUUUUUCGUUGGCGGUCAAGGGGUUGGAUUUUCAGUUGCGUUAUACAUUAGUCUAAAAGAGUUGUUUGGUGCUUGGAAAAAAAUAGUUGAAAUGUUUUGGGCUCAUGGGGGGUAUGAUGUUUAUCUUUCUAGUUUAAAGCAAUUAAAUAAUGCUUUUGCUAUUUUGGAAAAGGAUGCAGAGGUUAAUAAAUUGUCUAACCAAUUAGUCUUGUCUUUGGAAGAAGCAGAAGUUAAAAAAAUUAUCUACAACAAAAAAUAUAAUGGUUGGACUUUUCCGGGUGGUAAAUUAGAGUUUAAUGAAACACCUUUAAAAGCGGCAGAAAGGGAAGUGUUUGAGGAAACUAAUCUGUUAGUUCAAAAUUUAAAACAAAUUGGAAAAAGAAAACUACAAGCUAAGGAAAAGGAAAAAGGAUCAGUUAUUGAAACUAAGUUUUUUUCAGAAGAGGAAAUAGCAAAAAUCAAACUUAGUGGAGCAACUAAGUAUUUUUUUGAGCAGCAAGUUUCUAAUUUUCCUAAGAAUAAAACUAUUACUUUCCAAAAUGUUAAUUUUGCUUAUCCAGAGACAAAUAAAAAAAUAUUAGAUAAUUUUUCUUUUACCUUUCAAAGUGGUAAAAAAUACGCCAUUGUUGGACCAAAUGGAAUUGGUAAAAGUACCUUGUUUAAAUUGCUUGCUAAACUGUAUAAACCCUCAAAAGGAGCUAUUAAAAUAGAUAACGUUGACCUAGAAAAAUUUGAUAGUUCAGCCUUGCGACCGAAGAUUGCUUAUUUGCCUAAUAAUCCUUCUUUUUUUAAUACUAGUUUGGGCAAUAACAUAGUUUACCCCAAUAUUUAUCAGGAAAGUAUUCACAAAGAAAAAUUAGAAAAACUUGCUAAAAAUUUAGGAAUAAAAGAAUUCGUUGACAAAUUGCCAAGUCGCUGA